AAAUGUAUCCGUCAUGUUUACGUAUAUGUCUGACAUCCACGACACUCCUCCCAUCCGUUCUGUGAUUGGGCGCUCGCAAGGAUUCCUGGGUAGGGGACUUCAGUGGAGUCUGUGUCAAUGCGGGCUUCACCGAAGACCGCAUCGAGGGCACAAAGGAGGCGCUCGCGAGCAGACUUCUGAGCUCUAAAAAGACAAAUGGGAUACCUUACGGACUCGUAGACUUGGCGAGAACGCGCAAUUUAAGUCCACGAGACCGCAAGUGCGCCAUUUGGGACAGGGCCAAAGCGAAAGCUCCUUCCAAGCAAACUUCUGUUCUCGGCUGCCACGUCACUUGAUGACGUGCAGCCGAGAUUUAUACCUGCCCAGGAAGCGUCCUUGCGUUUGAGAAACACCCUCUAUAUCCAGCAGGGCAAGAAGAAGUCGAGAGGAACAGUGGGGCACGCUUCCAAACAAACGCCUACAGAUACACAGAGAUGGACUUCGCCUUAUAUGUUCAGCAUUUCUGCUUCAUGACUGUUUAGUGAAUUGUCAUCUGGACGGGAUAUAAACCGUAUUUAAAAAACGUGUUCACGGUAAUAUGGCCAAACUUUCGCCACGCAGGGUUUUAACGUACCUUGCUGUGGCUGGAUUAAGUACAGUUUUGGCUAUCCUGGUUUUAAACAACAUAUAUUUGCCAUAUCACAAAAACUGGACUCCUAUAUCUAAAGAGCUUUAUGAUGUGAUAUCACCAUCUUCAUACAGAUACAUUCUCAACCAGCCGGACCUCUGUGAGAAGAAGAGACCUUACCUGGUUCUUAUGAUCCCCGUGACUCUGAGAGAAACAGAGGCGAGAACUGCCAUUAGAAAGACGUGGGGUCAUGAGAGCUUGACUUCUGGUGUGACUAUUUUGAGUUUUUUUGUCUUAGGACAGCCCGUACAAAACAACCCAACACUUCAGCUGCAGCUGGAAAGGGAGAGCAAGGAAUAUUGGGACAUCAUUCAAAUGGAUUUUGUGGACACCUACCAGAAUCUCACUAUCAAGACGAUUAUGAUCAUGAACUGGAUAGCCAAAUACUGCCAGCGUGCCCAGUAUGCCAUGAAAAUUGAUGCAGAUACUUUUCUCAACGUGCCUUACCUUGUGAACUACCUGCAUGCAAAGGGAGAGUCCUCUAGAGAGAAUUACAUCACAGGAUCAGUCAUCAGAGAUGGUCAUCCUAAAAGAAACAGCCUCAGCAAAUGGUUUCUCUCAGAGGAUAUUUACCCAGACACUUCAUAUCCUACUUAUGUGUCUGGAGCAGCUUAUGUCUUUUCUACUGAUCUGGCCUUAAAAAUAUAUUUGGCUUCUAGGUUUGUUCAGCCAGUUCCACUUGAAGAUGUCUAUGUGGGGUUAUGCCUGCGUGUACUCGGUGUAAAACCAGUUUAUUCCACGCGCUUUCUUAGACUCAGGAAUCUUUUUGAAGUGCGUAAACUAAAGUAUGACAGGUGCACUUUUGACAGCCGCAUUACAGUGAAUGGCUUUAAACCACAGUACCUGCUUAAAAUUUGGUAUGACUUUCAGAAAGCUCGUUUUACAUGUUAGUACUGUUUAAUCAACUUUUUUAUGAAAGCUUCUUUUUUGAGCUCUUAUAACUCGCAUCAAUCAGGUCCUUUACUUUAUUUUCUCAAUCCUGCAUGUUUAGAAACCAAACGCAAAACGUCAGACGCGCAAACAAAACUUGAAAAACUUUUCCAGGCCAAAAGACUGAAGAAAUAUAUUUUGACCAGCAAAUUGUGGCUGGUGUGACAGUUUUUUUUAAAUUGAAGCAAAUACUGUCUUUUUUCUUGUCAGAGUGUGCCAGAAUGCAUAAUUUACAUCAAAAAUUUUUACACAAAAAAUCUUAGAGCAUGCCCCCAGACCCAUCGCACCAAACAACACCCCCACCCCGGUAUGGCUGUCACCAUUUUCACCUCUUUCGAGUUUGCAGGUCUUGUUUAUACAGUACUAGAUUAUUUGUACCAUGUCUUUUAGUACAUGCAGCACUUAAGUAAUUUAUCACAGCAUUUAUUUUAUCACCAUCACAGAUGUUGCUGCAAUAUGUGUGAGUUACUGUGGGACCUGGAGUAUUUUGGGAAGUUUGGGGUGAUGUGCACACCCAGAAAUUUGAAAUGGGAAUGACUUCAGAACAUUUUGUGAUCUUUUUAUGCUUUAUUAUGGUGCUUUUUUGACAUUACUGAUACUGAAUGUACUUUUGAGGUUACUGUAAAGUUGAGAUUUAUUUUUUUAAACGCUUAUUGUUUGUGCCUUAAGCCCCUUUUUUAGUCUCAUGUGGUGCUUUAUAAUGAUAACGCAAUUCUUUGUGUUCUUUUUUUACAAAACAUGCUUAGUGCACACAUUCUGUACUACAGCUCGUGUGAACGUACACUUUCACGUGAAAUUACAUUUAUUAACUUGUAUUUAAAGUGCGAUGUAUGAUAUGUGUUUGCUAAUAAAAUAUUUGUAGAUUACAAAUUGAGCUGUUUGUUUAAAGGGAUUCUCCACCCAAAAAUGAAAAAUAUGUCAUGAAUUACUCUCCCCAAGUUGUUCCAAGCCUGUAU